UGUGACUCGUCAGAACAGUCAGCCGGGCCCCAUCUCUGCCCGCCCCCAGCACCUGAGUCCACGGCUCCUCCCAGCCCAGGGCAGAGCCAUCCCUUCCCCAGGACCGCACGGGAGGGAGUUGCAGGACAGGGCAGCUGCACCAUGAACAUCAUCUUGGACCUCCUCGUGCUCCUGCUCAUCAUCAUCUACUCCUACCUGGAGUCCUUAGUGAAGCUUUUCAUCCCCCGGAGGAGGAAGUCUGUGGCUGGGGAGAUCGUCCUCAUCACUGGAGCUGGGCAUGGAAUCGGCAGGCUGACUGCCUACGAAUUCGCAAAACGGAAAAGCAGGCUGGUUCUGUGGGAUAUUAACAAGCCAGGUGUUGAGGAAACAGCAGCUGAAUGCAGGAAGCUUGGGGCCACGGUGCAUGCAUAUGUGGUGGACUGCAGCGACAGAGAGAAGAUCUACAGCGUGGUGGCCCAGGUGAAGAAAGAAGUGGGUGACAUAAGCAUUUUGGUAAACAACGCUGGAGCAAUAUAUCCAGCGGAUCUUCUCAGCACCAAGGAUGAAGAGAUUGCCAAGACCUUUGAAGUCAACAUCCUAGGACAUUUUUGGAUCACAAAAGCACUUCUCCCAUCAAUGAUGAAGAGAAAUUAUGGCCACAUUGUCACAGUGGCUUCGGUGUGUGGCCACGGAGUGAUCCCUUACCUCAUCCCAUACUGUUCCAGCAAAUUUGCUGCGGUUGGCUUUCACCGAGCUCUGACAGCAGAACUUGAAGCCCUGGGGAAAACUGGUAUCAAAACCUCAUGUCUCUGCCCAGUUUUUGUGAACACUGGAUUCACCAAAAACCCAAGUACCAGAUUAUGGCCUGUAUUAGAGACAGAUGUUGUUGCAAGAUGUCUGAUAGAUGGAAUUCUCACCAACAAGAAAAUGAUUUUUGUUCCAUCCUAUCUCAAAAUUUCUCUAACACUGGAGAAGUUUCUUCCUGAACGUGCUUUGGCAGCUAUAAGUCGUAUCCAGAAUGUUCAGUUUGAAGCAAUUGUUGGCCAUAAAAUCAAAAUGAAAUGAUGUGUUCCAGAGAUGUAAAACAUUCAUGAUUUGAAUCUAAGCUCGAAGUCUAUGCUUCAUUUCUUCCUCUUACACUUUUCUGUGCUUUAACAUUAAAAUAUUUCUGCAUCAGGAGAAAUCCAAUCAACAAGAUCAUCCCUAUUUUCUA